AAAAGAGAAAUGAGAGAAGAUGAGAGAGAAGGGUUCCAACAAAGGGAAAAUUCUAGGCAAAGGAUUUACUGAAGCUUUGAAACAGGCAUUCCUGGCAGCAUAUGAGGAUAGUGGGAGUGAUCAAGAGGAAGAAAAGGAGGAUGAGGCUAUUAGUCUCUAUGUUGUGAUCGACGAACACCAAGCUGUGAAGACAGACCCCCCAGUACAACUUGGGAUGCACAUUGGAAGACCUCUUUUGUUUGAUGAACUCCAUUAUGAUGAAUGGAAGCUACAUACGGAAAUAUUUCUUCAGGCUACUGACUUUGAUCUAUGGGUAAUUGUCAGUCAUGGACCAAUUCUCCCAACCAAAUUGGAUGGUAAAGGUAACAAGUGCAACAAAAGAGAAGAGGAAUACGAUGAGGAGGAUCAUCAGCUAAGGACAUUGGAAACUGACUUUGGAAAUGAAAACAUCAAAGUUGCUCUGGUGGCGAUUGAAGAAUCAAAAAUAGAGGAAGAAGUGGCCUUGAGUGAUUCAAAAACUAAAGACGAGACAAACCAGGUAAGUAUAUCUGACUUGAAAGAAAAUAUUCAUGCUAUGUCCAAAAAGAAACUAAUGGCCAUAAUUGUGACCUUAAUGAAUGAAAUGGAUAAAAUGAAUAAUGGAAAUGGUCUGCUAAUCAGUAAUCUUUCUUGUGUCAAACUUGACAUCAAAGAGCUUGAAUCUGACAAAGCUAGUUUAGAGAAACAAGUCAAAGACCUUAAGAACUAG